AUUAUGAAAUGGCCAAUAUUAUAUUUACUUUAUAAGAAGGUCUUGACUGGAAGAUAAGAGUAUUUAUUUUGUAUUUGCAUAAUACUACGGUGGAAAUAUAGCGUGGCGAGGAUUAGUUAGGCCAUUAUUUUCAAAAUGUCUCGCGAAGACGUGGUUUACAUGUUGCUGCUGUUCGGAGCCAUCCCUUUCGGACAUCUUGUCAAAAUAUCUGGCUCACCUUCAAGGAAGCAAUUUCUUGCAUUAUUUGCCGGUCUGGUCAUGAUCGUGGCUACCUCAGGCUUUAGAGGAAUUGUGCAUUCGUUUUGUACAAUCUUGGGCACCUUUUUAAUUCUUAAAAUUGCCGGUCCAAGAUAUGGUCCAUGGUCAGCAUUUCUAUAUGUGUUUGGUUAUUUGUUUUUCUUCCGAACAUGUCACUGGUACGGGCUUCCCCAACCACCUCCUUAUUCAAAUGCAGUACAGCUAUUGGUUACCCUGAGGAUGUGUACCAUUGCAUUUGAAGGUUUCCAACUGAGCUGUAAAAACAGACCUAGGAAACUAGAGGAGAUCACGGCAAACUCCAAGCUACAAGUUUCAUUAUACGAUACUUUUAGUUAUGGAUAUUCUUACUGUGGCCUGAUGACUGGCCCUUAUUACAGAUUAACUACUUAUGUAGAUAUGCUUCACCAGACAAAGCCAAUUCCAACAUUGAAUGUUGUUCUUCAAAGACUUAAACAUGUUCCCUUUUUAGCAGCAAUUUAUAUUCCCCUAAAUGCAUAUUUCCCUGUGAGUCAUCUUACAAGCAUGGCAUUUGAAAAUCAUUCCUGGGGAACGUUAUACCAAAUUGCAUAUUUGAUACCUUUGUUUGGCUGGUUUCGAUUGAGGUUCUAUAUUGGUUGGCUGUUGGCAGAGAGCAGUUGUUUGUCUAUGGCUUUAGGAGCAUAUCCCGAAGAGUGCAAAUGUCGACCAGGACAAGGACCAACAGUUGAAUUUCCUGAAGAUAAAAAGAUAGAAAAAUAUGAUUUUGAAACAAUUCGAAACAUCAGGCUAUGGGAGACAGAAUUUGCACCAACUCUUCAUAAAACUACCAAGACAUGGAACAUGACUGUCCAGUGGUGGCUAGCUCAAUAUUUUUACAAGAAAUUCCCAUUUAAGCAACACAGAAUGUGGGCUACAUUUUUGUUCAGUGCUUUCUGGCAUGGUGUUCGACCAGGCUAUUACCUUACAUUUAUGAGUGUACCUCUUGUCAUCUUGGCCCAGUCAUUAAUGGAGAAGUUAAUUCAACCAUCAGUAGAAUGGAAGACCACAUAUGAUUGGAUAAAUUGGUUGAUUCUUCAUCGCUGCUUUGAGUAUCUUAGUGUUGCUUUCAUACUGUUAGAUAUUAAUGCAAUCAUACAAACAUGGACACAGAUGUACUUUUAUAAUCAUAUUAUGACUCUCUUCUUUAUCCUUUUGGCGUUCAUUUUGAUGAGAAAGAAAACUAACGAACAUGGGGUAAAGUUGGAAAAUGGCAAAAAGAAUUCUUAGUUAAAAAGACAAAUUAUGAAAUAUACAUUUUAAAUGGUUUAU